AUGGCAUUUGCUGGAGUUGAUAAUGAGUUGCGAUGCGUUUCUUACAAGCCCACAGUGAAUGAGCCACGAAGAGUGAUGAAGUUGGAAUUUGGUCUCGACAAGCGGCGGCAGGAGCUCGAUCCAUGCGAAUUACGACUCCGGCGUGAUAAACUAAAGUGUCGAGUUGCCGUCGACUACAGGGGGCUGAUAUGCGUCUCUUACAAGCCCACAGUGAAUGAGCCACGAAGAGUGAUGAAGUUGGAAUUUGGUCUCGACAAGCGGCGGCAGGAGCUCGACCCAUGCGAAUUACGACUUCGGCGUGAUAAACUAAAGUGUCGAGUUGCCGUCGACUACAGUGGUCUGAUGUUUCGUGCUCGUAUGAAAAUUAGCGUGGUAAAGAAACGAAGUGUCCUAUUGUUCUUGGACGGAUGUCACCUAUAA